CCGGCCUCCCCACUGCCCGCUCCUUCUCCCUACACUGGUCCUACUAGAGGUCUUGCUGAGCGUCGUGAGCCUGCGUCUCGCCCUGCGUCGCCUGUCCGUGCUGCUCGCACUAGUGGUCGUGGUUCGCGUCAGCGUCCUCCUCCUGUCCCUGGCACGCACCGGAUGUCUCUGCGUCCGUCCACUGCUCCUCUGCGUGCACCUUUGCCUUCUCCUCCUGAGUCCUCUCUUCCUGCUCUUCCUGACCCGGAGUCGGACUCUCUUCGUGCUGCCAGUCCUGCUGUCACACGUCUCCUUGCUACUGUCGUCACUGACCCCUCUUUUGAGUCCACUGCUGCGUCUGCGCUUGUUGCUGAGCUCGUCGACUUUGCUGCUCGCUGUCGUCUAGACUACGCUGCCGGUCUUGUUGCUGAGUCUGCGUCUGUCUGUCCUCCGUCCGUCGGGGGUGAGUGUGCUCUUGGCACGGACGUCCUUGAGGACAGGCAGGAGGAGUUCCGGUGUCUGGCUGCUGCUUCACCUCAUCUCGCGUCCGUACUACUUGCCCCUGAGGGAGACCCGGAUGCACUAGACAUCCCGACUCCGCGCUCUUACGCGGAGGCCGUAGAGGGUCCCUACUCCUCUCAGUGGCAGGCAGCUAUGGAUGCAGAGAUGGCGUCCUGGAAGUCCACAGGCACCUACGUUGACGCGGUUCCCCCUCCUGGGGCGAACAUCGUCAGUGGCAUGUGGAUCUUCAGGGUGAAGCGGCCGCCGGGCUCUCCACCUGUCUUCAAGGCGCGGUACGUCGCUCGUGGCUUCAGUCAGCGGCAGGGAGUUGACUACUUUCAGACCUUCUCUCCCACCCCGAAGAUGACCACUCUUCGGGUGCUGCUGCACAUAGCCGCUCAGCGCGACUACGAGCUCCACUCUCUUGACUUCAGCACAGCUUUCUUGCAGGGUAGCCUGCACGAGGAGAUCUGGCUGCGCCGUCCACCUGGCUUCACUGGGACUUUUCCUCCUGGCACCCAGUGGAGCCUCCGACGGCCAGUCUACGGUCUCCGCCAGGCACCGCGUGAGUGGCACGACACACUGAGGACUACGCUUGCGGCUCUUGGGUUUGCUCCCUCUACUGCUGACCCGUCGUUGUUUCUGCGCACCGACACUUCUUUGCCGCCGUUCUACGUCCUCGUGUACGUCGACGACUUGGUCUUUGCCACAGCUGACACUGCUGGACUAGCCUACGUGAAGUCCGAGCUGCAGAAGAGACACACGUGCACAGACCUGGGUGAACUGCGCAGCUACCUUGGCUUGCAGAUCACUCGGGACAGAGCACGCCGCACCAUUACCUUGACUCAGUCACACAUGGUGCAGCAGGUCCUUCAGCGCUUCGGCUUCACGUACUCCUCGCCUCAGGCCACUCCUCUGUCUACUCGCCACUCGCUCUCAGCUCUGCCUUCGGAUGAGUCCGUAGAGUCGAGUGGCCCGUACCCAGAGCUUGUUGGCUGCCUCAUGUACCUGAUGACCUGCACACGACCUGACCUUGCAUACCCUCUUAGCAUUCUUUCACGCUAUGUUGCUCCUGGGAGACACCGACCAGAGCACAUGGCUGCAGCGAAGAGGGUGUUGCGCUACUUGUGCAGUACGUCGGGCAUGGGGCUAGUGCUUGGAGGGCGGAGUCCAGUGGUCCUCACUGGGCACGCGGACGCUUCUUGGGCAGACGACCAGGCUACACAGCGGUCGUCGCAGGGUUACACCUUCAGUCUUGGUUCCGGCUCUGUCUCGUGGCGGGCUACUCGCUCGUCCUCUGUUCUCAGCUCCAGUUGUGAGGCUGAGAUCUACGCCGGGGCCAUGGCUGCACAGGAGCUUCGCUGGCUCACCUACCUGCUGACUGACCUUGGAGAGCCGCCUCGUUCUCCUCCAGUGUUGUACGUAGACAACAAGGCCAUGCUGGCCUUGUGUCGAGAGCAGCGCUUGGAGCACAGAACGAAGCACAUUGCUCUCCGUUACUUUCUUGCUCGUGAGCUGCAGCAGCGUGGUCAGUUGCGACUUGCGUACGUGGCCUCUGAGGCCAACACUGCUGAUGUGUUCACCAAGGCACUUGCGCCUUGUGACCAUCAGCGCUUCUGCACCCAGCUGGGUCUUGUACCUGUCUUGCCUCACUUGCUCUCUUCUUGA